AUGAGAUCGUCCGCCUUACUCCUGCUCCUGCUCUGGGCCCCUCCAAGCAGGGUAAACUCACAAGCAACUGACGCGACCACGACGACAACGACGACUGCGUGCGAGGUACCAGAACCGUCCCAGGUUGCGACGUGCAACGGUAUCCAAGGCACAGGCAAGAAUGCCGACAUCUGCUGCGCGAGUGAAUGCGUGUGCACGUGUGGGGGUACGUCUGCAGAGAACAUCGGCAAGGAGUGCUUCUUGACUGAGAUUAGGGCGACUCCUCCCGACUGGUGCACCGGGGAAGAGGAUGCGAGCGAGGCGUGCGCCCUCCCGCCAACAGGUAUCAGAACGAUCACACACGCUGGUUUCACGGAUCGUCCGCUAGAACUCAAUCGAUUUUCGCGAGAAUUCUAG